AUGGUGAGAUUUAUCAAUACCCUGCUUCUCGGCGCGGCCAGCGCCCUCGCCUUCCCCAACUCCCACCUCGUCGAGAGGGACGAGCCCCAAGCCCAAUUCCAAGACGGCCAACCCAUUGGCCACGGAAAGGAGCUCCUUUGGUUGGUACGAAAAACGUGCGGCACCAAUGAGUACAUUGACAAGCAGAACCCCGAUAACUUGGGUCAGCAGGCGACGGAUAGCGGUCUCGUGCCGAACCUGAAGUGGAGGUUUUCCGACUCCAAGAGCAGAAACUACCCCGGAGGAUGGCUCCGCACCCAGGUCAAGCAGGAUCUCCCGGAGAGCCACGACAUCGCUGCUGCUCAACAGCACUUGUCCAAGGGUGCCAUCCGAGAGCCUCACUGGCACAAGAACGCCGAAUGGGGCUUUGUCUAUGCCGGAUCCGUCCUCAUUUCCAUCAUUGACGAGGAGGGCGCCACCCAGCUCGAGACCCUCAACUACGGCGAUAUCUGGUACUUCCCCAAGGGUACCGCCCACACAGUCCAGGGUCUCGAGGACGAGAACGAGUUUCUCUUGGUGUUUGACAACGCCGACUUUGAUUCCGCGGGCAACACCUUCAACGUCGCCGACUGGCUCUCCCGCACGCCCAAGGACGUCCUCGCCCGCAACUUUGGCGUAGACGAGUCCGUGUUCGACGACAUCCCCAAGACCACGCCCAACAUCCUCAAGGGCACGCCCAGCACCCGCAACGUGACCGCCGGCGCGGGCGGCUACGCCACCGGCGACCACUCGUACAUCUACCGCACCCUCCAGCACGACCCGGAGCCCGUGCCCGGCAACGGCGGCACCUUUUACAAGAUCGACUCGACCAACUUCCCCGUGAGCACCACGAUCGCUGCUACCUUUGUCACUCUGAAGCCUGGUGGCCUCCGUGAGCUGCACUGGCACCCCAACGUCGAGGAGUGGCUGUACUUCCACUCGGGCGAAGCCCGCGCCACCGUUUUCACGGGCAACGGCAACUCGCGCACGUUUGACUUCCAUGCUGGUGACACUGCUGUGUUCCCCGACAACUCUGGUCACUACAUCGAGAACACCUCCGAGACCGAAGACCUUGUCUGGAUCGAGAUUUACAACUCGGACCGCGUCGUGGACAUUGCUCUCGGCGAGUGGCUCGCCCUCACCCCCGCCGACAUCGUCGCGCAGUCCCUCAACGUCCCCAUUGAGUUCGUUGAGAAGCUUAAGCGCGAGAAGCAAGUGCUUGUCGCAUAA